AUGAUACUAUUGUUUGUAUUAUACAUUACUUUAUGUAAAUCAAUCACACUUGAGUCUGUUGACUGGAAAAAAGACCCACAAUCAGAAGUUGUUUAUUCAAUGACUCAUGAUGAAGAAUCAGAAUAUAAAUAUACAUAUGUUCUUCAUUAUACAGCAAGUAGUUCUAAUGGAAAUGCACUAAAAAUUGAUUGUCUUCAUCCAUCAAUUUCAACAACUUCUAUUAGUGUUUCAUCAUCAGAAGUUUCACGACCAAGUAUUGCUGCAUCUUCAAAGAAGUUAUUUUUCUUAAAUAAUAAAAAUUUAGAAAUAUUUGAUAUUACUAAAGCUACACCAGUAUUAGAUAAUACUGUUUCUGUUAGUGGGAUUGAUGAAUAUUCACCAUUAGCUGUUAUUGAUAGAGAAUUUAUUGCAGGUAAAAGAGAAGUUUAUGCAGUUGUAUGUAAAAAUGGACAUUUAACUGUUUAUAAUGAAACAUUACAAUUAGUUAAAGAAUAUGAUAAAGCUUGUGGUAAAUAUAUAAGUGUUGGUUAUGAUUAUCUUGCAGUUAAAAACACAUCAAUGGUAGAACUUUAUUCAAUUUCUACUGGUGGAAUAUUAACAUAUUAUAAAUGGUUUAGUAUUGGAGAUAAUAAAACACAACUUUAUGAUUAUGAUCCAAUGGUUAUGUCACAACAUGAUGUUAUUUAUAAUGUAUUAUCUGAUGUUGGAAGAAUUCAAGUUAAUUCUCCAAGUAGUUCAUUUAGUUCACCUGAUUAUAUUGAAAAUGUUAAAAUUAAUGGUAAUUCUUCAUCAAUAACUCCAAUUAAUACUUUAUAUGCUCCAAUGAUUUCUACAUAUGGUUCUUUUGUUGCAAUUGGACUUUUUGGUUAUACUGAAGGUUCAAAAGAACGUGUUGGAGGUGUAAAAAUUUUCUUUGAUAAAUAUUUAACUUCUACUGGUUCAGGAAGAUUUGCAUUAGUUUAUAAUUCUACUGGAACUACUACUUAUGGAUAUGCUGGAUAUUCAAUACAAAUGAAUAAUAAAGUUCUUUAUCUUGGAGGAAAAUCAGAAAUCCAAACAAAUGGUGUAUUAAAAGGAGUUUCUACUGACAUUAGUAAUUAUACUGCUAAAUAUUGUAUUGGUGUAAAUUGUGAAUGUGAUGUUGGAUACUUUUAUUCAACAUAUAUGAGACAAUGUUAUCCUCAAAUUGGACAAAGUACAGCAAUUAUAGUUACAGUUUGCUGUUUCUUGUUGUUCUUCAUUAUUAUUGCAAUUAUUGGUGUUUUAUUGGCUUAUUACAUGAAAUCUAAAGAACAAAAGAAAGAUACUGAUGACGAAGAUUAUCAACAUGACGAAGAAGCUAAUCCAAUUAUCGAAGACGAUGACGAACCUCAUUUAGAUGGAUUCAAUGCAUAA